UUCGAACCUUCGAUUCAUAACAAAGUGUGUUUAGUUCUGAAAUGGGGAGAGCGAUAAGGUUUUCGGCUAGAGGACUGUCUGUGAUCUCACGGCAGUUAUCCCAGAUCCUUCAUUUAGUCAAGAAGCAUACUUUAUUUGAGACGCACGUCGGUGACUUUUUUAUCCUCAAAAUGUUCGUUGGAUGUCGUAAAAAUAUAAUUGAAAGUGAGGAGAGUAGUGAUGACGAAGUAGUGAGUUUUAGAAGAAAAGUUAUAAAUAGAAUUUCAUCGAGUUCAAACUCCGAUUCUGAGGAAUCAUAUGCAAGUGAAGACCUCGACGACAUUUUGGAAGAACUUGCUAUAGACGAAGAAGAGCAGCUGAGCUCUGUUCAUGAUUUAUUGGACAAUAUCCAGUGGAACGAGUUUGCUAACAGGCAACAGUCAUUUACGUUCACCGGAAAAGAUGGGCUUCUGAUGGAUUUGCCGUCUGAUAUUAGCGCAAGUGAAGUGCUUUCGCUAUUCUUAGACGAAAAAGUGAUAAGCCUUUUAGUCACAGAGACUAAUAGAUAUGCAGAGCAAAAAUUGCAUCAACAACAAAUGGCUGAGCAUGCUCGACUGAACAGGUGGAAACCCACCACUUCUGCAGAAAUUAUAAAAUUUAUAGGACUGAUGAUUUGGAUGGGUCUAGUACAGACACCGCUUGUGAAAUGUUGGUCAAAGGACCCUAUCUACAACUUUCCAUUUCCGCGCAGCAAGAUGUCCCGUAAUCGUUUCGAAUUACUAUUAGCAAACUUGCAUUUUGCAAAUAACGAAACGAUAGAAAAGGGUAGCAGACUUGGAAAAGUUUUGCCACUCCUAAACCUAUUGACAGACAACUUUCAAAAAGUCUUUUCACCAGGUGAAAAUAUUAUAAUCGACGAAACAAUGGUUCCUUGGAGGGGACGACUAAUAUUCAGACAAUACAUACCAACCAAAACUCAUAAAUAUGGUAUAAAGCUUUUCAAAUUGUGCUCCACCGAAGGGUAUACAUGGCCUGCAAAAAUAUAUUCUGGACGAGACAUCAGCGGAAGAAGGCAAAUUGGCAUAGCUGAAAACGUCUGCAUUGUACUUGCAGAUAAAUUGAUAAAUGAAGGAAGAACUUUGUUUGUCGACAACUUUUACACAAGCUAUGAAUUAGCAGCCAAAUUUUUAAAAUUCAAGACGCAUGUCGUUGGUACUGUGCGAUACAACAAAAAAUUUAUGCCACGUUUUGUAAUGUCGUACCCAUUGAAGAGAGGUGAAAUGAUAGCAAGAGAAGAUGACAACGGUAUUGUGGUGCUAAAGUGGAGGGAUGUUCGCGAUGUUAGGAUGUUAUCAACAAAACAUGCACCUAUUAUGAUUUCAACCUCGGAUUCUACUCAUCGCGGACGUCCUCCUAAACAGAAACCUUUGGCGAUACUGGCAUAUAAUAAUGGAAAAAGUGGCAUCGACAGGAGCGAUCAGAUGGCGUCAUAUGCCACAACGAUACGAAAAAGUAUCAAGUGGUAUCGGAAAUUAGCACUGCACUUGCUUUUAGGAACAAGUAUAGUAAAUGCUCACAUCGUGUACCAGAGAGCCACAAAUAAAAAAAUUGAAAUAAGAAAAUUUCGGGAGCUCCUCGUUGCCGAAUGGUUGUCCCCGGAAAAUGCUACGCAUAGAAAUAAAACAAGGAACGUGUUCCAUAAGCUAGAGAUUCGUAGGAAUCAGCAGGGCAAGCCUAUAAGAAGGAUGUGCGCUCUAUGUUACCAGAAGAGAAGGCAAACUGCUGAACGUCAAGAAGCGAAAAAAAAUGUAAAAAAAACUACGACCUAUUGUUUCAAUUGUCCAAAAUACCCUCAAAUGUGUUUAGAAUGUUUCAACGCACACCAUACGACAUAGUAUAAUGUAAUAUGUUAUCCUAAA